AUGGAGUAUGUUACCCGAGGGGUCUGCGGCCAGGAAGGAUGCCGUGAGCGACGCUACUACCUAGACAAUGGCCUCUGGUUCUGCCGACGCGGCCACCUGCAAGAGGGACGGCAAAUUGAAGAAGAUCCAGACGAUUUUGGCACUCAGGGCAAAAAGUACAGAGUGAGAAAGGAAAAGGAGGAGCGAGCACGAAAGACGUAUCGUGGCCGACAGGCAUUCACACUAUUAUUGCAGGCCUUUCAGUUGAUAAUUUGGAAACAAUCCCAUGCUCUGGUCACAAAUCAUGGAUUUCCAGAGCAAUUUGAGGCUGUGGUUCGUGAUCUUUGGGCUUUGAGGCUCCAAGAUUUUGAAUUGAAAAUCAAUGCCUCGACCGAAGAUGAUGGGGAAGAGGGCGAACGCGAGCUCUUUAGCUCUCAAGCCGAGGCCAACAGUUCGGAUGGGCUGGGUUUCAAGACACAAGGCAAAUACUUCGAGCUGCCGCGAAUAGUCGAGUCAGUUGGUCUGUGUUAUCUAGCGAGUAUUUUGAUGCGACUGCCUGUCUGUAUACACGACUUUUACCGCUUGAUCAUGCGCCAGGAGAUUCCAUAUAUUCGAGUCUCAAGAGCUAUCCCACGAAACAUGAGAGAUAAGCUUCCACCAGAGUACUUGGUCGGACUUGAUGUCAACAAAUUUCCCAAACCCGAGUAUCUCCAUCGAACAUUUGUGGAAAUUGCGCUUCAUUACAAUCGCCAAUACGGUGUUUCACUUCCGCCGUUAAACUACCAUCCAAUUCUAUUCCGACAUAUCAAACGUCUAGCCAUUCCAAUUGAUGUAUACGAGACUGUGAAAACACUCCAUGAUAUCACGGGGUUCCGUUAUCAUUUUCCUAUUAAUCGACAGCGGACUGAUCGAUGGUUAACAACCCUUCUUCUGCCCGAUGUACAGAUCAUCGCACUCGUCGUUGUCGCCACUAAGUUGUUGUUCCCUUUCGAUGAUCUUGAACGACAUCCUGCCACGGCCAAAGAGCCGGCCACCCAAUCCAUAGAUUGGCCUUUGUGGGUGCGUGCUCAGAUCCAUUUUAAGAAUCACGAACAGGUCGGUGGGAAAAUUGGGUUGGACAAGGUGAUUCGGCUUGUGGACCGAGAUGUGCUGGAUAUGACUCCCAAUCAGUUGGACGAGUAUAUGGACUGGUACCAAAACAGCUGGUUGGAUACCCCCAGGAUCGCAAAUCCGACCGCUGAUUUGUUCCCUGUUGGUCGGGCUGGAACAACUUCUCAGCCACAGCCAACUGCAGUCCCCUCUGCAGCCUCUGCUCAACCCGUCACAACUGAUGCCGAGGCAGCCCUAGAUAUCUUAAUACGCACCGUCAUGCAGGAUUUGAAGCCUACAACAAUAGAUCCAAGCCUGGAGGAGGAGAACCGCCGACCAGGAUCGUGGUAUCGUAGGUAUCGAUGGGAAUCGCAACUCCCAGAGACUGCAAGGGCCUUUUAUGAGCUAGCAGCCGAGCUUGCCACUAUCUCAUUACCUACACUGAUCAAAGCCGUGAAUUUGACUGAGUGGAAGAUUGCGAAAGUGCUGGAGGACAGGCGACGUGCUGAGUAUUUUGAUCGGGAAAUGGCAAUGCAAGAUGACAGCAUGGAUGAGCUAAAUGAGUUGGACGAGCAAUUGUCUGAGCUGGAUUUUCAAGAUUGA